CCAAACAUAGUUUUAAUGUGGCUGCACUCUAAACAAUUGGUCACAAUGUACAAACAGCAGAUUUUGAUUUUAUUGGCCUUCGCUGCGACAAUAUAUGCAAAAGGCGUCGCUUUAGACAAACAAACUGCAGAACGGGAAUCUCAGCCAUCGGUGGCGAGAGGAAAUAUUAAAACGAACAAUGUUAAUAGUCCCAUAGAUGAUAUUUCCCUUGAUGCAGAAGAAAAUAAUCAAAACGAAGACGUUAAAAUCGUGGACGAAAACAAAGAGGUGACCCCAGAAAGUGCUUCGAGCAUAUUCGUACCGCCUGCGUUAAAUAAUUCACAAAAUAUUAUAACGUACCUGACUAAGAAGAAGAACGUUACUGAGAAUAUUGAAGCUCAGGAGAGCGUUAUCGGAAGAAUGAGAGAUAGAAGAAUACAGAAGAAGAACGAUUUAAGAGCUCACGUGAGAUACGAUGAGGUGACAGGAGAAUUGGUGGACGGAGAUCACCCGUGCCAGAGAGAAUGUAGAGAGGGGGAGGAGCCGAUGAUAUGCUUCUACCAUUUCAACUUGGAGUGGUAUCAAACUAUGAGCAAAGCGUGCUACGACUGUCCAUACAACCCGGAAGACUGCAAGAGAAUCGACUGUAUACCAGCUGAUGGGAUGAGCAGAUCUCUGAAUGUUAUAAACAGGAAAAUGCCUGGACCAGCUAUUGAGGUGUGCCAACACGACCGCAUCAUUGUGGAUGUUGAGAAUGACCUGAUGACAGAAGCCACCACCGUCCACUGGCACGGCCAGCACCAGCGCGGGACGCCGUACAUGGAUGGCACGCCCUACGUCACGCAGUGCCCUAUACUGCCAGAGUCUACGUUCAGGUACCAGUUCAAUGCGACUCACUCUGGCACUCACUUCUGGCACUCCCACUCGGGUAUGCAGCGCGCUGAUGGGGCAGCGGGGGCUCUCAUCAUCAGGAAACCCAAGUCGCAGGAUCCGCAUGGCGACAUGUAUGACUAUGACAAAUCAGACCACGUGAUGAUAGUGACGGACUGGAUCCACGAGCUCUCAGUGGGCAUGUUCACGGACCACCACCACUCGCGCGGCGACAACAAGCCACCGACUCUCCUCGUCAACGGCGUCGGCCGCUUCAAGCUCUUCGACACCAACAGCUCCAAGCCCCUGUACAUGAAUGCGGCCAGGUUCAACGUGGAACAGGGUUACAAGUACCGGUUUCGGGUGAUCAACGCGGAGUUCCUCAACUGCCCGAUAGAGCUGUCGGUGGACGGCCACAACAUCACCAUCAUCGCCUCUGACGGCUACGACCUGCAGCCUAUUACUGCGACGUCGCUGGUGACGUACGCGGGCGAGCGGUACGACUUCGUGCUGGACGCCAACCAGGAGAUUGACAACUACUGGAUACGCUUCCGAGGACUGAUGGACUGCGAUGAACUAUUCACAAAGGCGAAGCAAGUGGCGGUGCUGCACUACGAGGGCGCGAUGGAGACGGAACCCGCCGGGGACCCCACCUGGGAGGAGUCGCAUAACGAGGGACUGCAACUGAACGCACUCAACAAAGGCGAGGAGGAGGACGAGACGAUCAGCGUGGCCGAGAUGCGUUCACUGGAGGGCUACGACGACAGCCUGAAGGAGGUCGCCGACUACCAGUUCUACGUCGCGUACGACUUCUAUGCCAAGAACAACUCCCACUUCCACAGGUCGCCCUAUUAUGGGUAUUACCAAGUUCCCGAAAAAGGCAACCGCCUGUACACACCCCAGCUGAACCACAUCAGUAUGAAGAUGCCUUCGAGUCCGCUCCUUGUGUCUCGACCUUCAGCAGACAACUUCUGCAACGCAUCAAGCAUAGACGAGGAAUGCAAGGAGGGCUACUGCGAAUGCUCCCAUGUGCUAUCAGUGAGGAAGAACGCCGUAGUAGAAGUGAUCAUACUAGACGAAGGAGUGACCUUCGACGCCAACCAUCCAUUCCACUUGCACGGGAACUACUUUAGAGUAGUCGGAAUGAGACGACUAGGAAACGAUACGACGAUAGAAGAAAUCAAAGCGUACGAUGAAGCGGGGCUUCUGAAGAGAAAUCUGAAGAAUGCUCCCCUCAAGGAUACGGUUACAGUACCAGAUGGAGGUUACACUGUUAUAAGAUUCAAAGCGGAUAACCCUGGGUACUGGUUAUUCCAUUGCCAUAUUGAGUUCCAUGUGGAGAUAGGUAUGGCGUUGAUAUUUAAAGUCGGUGAGCAUAAAGACAUGACGCCAAUCCCACCAGACUUUCCGACUUGUGGGAACUACAUGCCGGACAACAUGUUGGAACAUGCCACCACUCCUAAGCCUUCCAGUGACAACCAAGUGAUAUCCAUAACGCAUUGGUGGCCCGUUGUUUAUGUUAACAAUACUACAUCAUCUUCAAUUUCCUUCACUAGUUCUUCGUUGUUACUAAGUAUUUGUUUAUUAAAAUUGAUUUUAGAAUCAUAAUUAGGCUAUUGAGAUAUGUGAUUCCAUUCAACUAUUAGGUUAUACGAAUUUGUACUUACGUUACUAUAGACGAUUGUAAUUUAUUCCAAACUGUAUUGCUUAUAUAUUAUUUAUUGGGUAGUACUUAUAUUUUAUCGAACAAACAGAUUAUAUAUUUUCAUAAUAUUUAUUUAAAUCUAUGGUUUUGAUGAAAUAAUAUUAGUGCUUCGUUUCAAACUUGUUGUCCCAUUGGGAGACCGUCCUGCAUUCUGUAUUGUCCAUUGGAAGUUUGGAACGAGUAAUCUUGGAUGAUGGAAAAUAAGUGCAAUCUUAACUAGGCUUAGGUACUGGAAGGCCGAUCGAAUGCAAUCGGAUUGAUGACAGGCCGACCUAACCGGCCUCGUUUUAUACAUUCCUAGGUCAGUGUGUACGCGUCCGAUCUGAGCCCGUAGCCAACACAUUAUCUUUAUCUCUUCUUUAUAGAACCGCCGAUCAAUGAAAUUGACAAAAUAUAAACGUUCAAUAAUGUGUAGUCGAUAUACGAUUUAUGAUAAGUCAAUUCCAUACAUUGUGAUCGGUGAGUCUAUUAAAAAGCGAUUAAGAAAAUGUCUCAGUUAAGCCUGCGAUUAAUUCUAUACAGUUCCUCGAUAAAAUUAUAUUGACAUAGAAUGCUAUAUUAAU